AUGUGGUUUGGCGAGGCUAGGAUUGGAAAGAUUCAGCAGGACACCGGCCCGUUUGUUCAGCCACGCAUUUAUAGCGCACCAGAAGUGGCAUUUGAGAUUCCUUGGGGCGCUUUCCGUGGUUAUAUGAAAUGUUGCUACGCCUGGUUUGGGAUCUACUCGACGGAAGACACCUAUUUAACAACAUUGGACGAACAGGGUCAUUACGAUCCAUUCAAACACACGACUCAGGCACACGGCUCAGAAGACAAUGGUAAGGUCCGCUUUCUCAAAUUCAUUCGGUCGAUGCUGAGCUGGCUUCCUGAGGGUCAAAAGACGGCUAAGGAACUCCUUGAGGAUUCUUGGUUGAAUGAAGAAUCGGUGUGA